UAGUAUUUCCGAACGCAGCCCUGAUGGGAUCUGUGGGGCCAUGUUCCAAGGAGUUUCUGAGAUUCUCUGUUUAAUAAAGAAGAAUUGUUUGUACUUCAACGUAUGUGUGUACUACGUACAUACAUACAUCUCAACAAGUGUUGACAUGUGAUAUGCUAUAGAGGUGACAGAGUCAAAGGGAAAAGAUAAAAUAAACACGGAAAACACAACGAAUAAAAUAACAGAAAACUAAACAACGAGAAGAAAAGUUAAAACGAGCAUAUCUCUACAAUAAUAAAAAUAUUCAAGUCAAGUAUCAAGUCUGUGGCAACAAACAAUGCAGGAAGAGCACAAAAAUACUCCAAAAUUAGGAACUAUUCGAAAAAUUCGCAAUGCUGCAAGUACACCAGACGUUGCAAGAAAUCUGUCGGAUACCUUACCUACUUUACAUUUUGUUUCUAGAGCCACUUCUCGUAGUAGAGUAACCUUGAUGCCAAGUGACAUUGCACAGUUACAAAAAGUACCGAGAAAGAAGAUUGCUAUAGACAAGCAGCCAAUCGUGCCAUCACAGAUAAUGUUGGAUACACAAAAGAAAAUGGACAGUGAAGAAUUAGAACUUGGACUUCUUUAUGAUGAAUAUUUACAAACUCUAAUGAUGGAUCUCGUAAUGAAGAAGAAGAUUCUAGAGAAAAAGCGUCUAAUGGUCAUGCAAAUAGCUGCCUUGGCACAAGAGAUUGAUCAAGAUACACAAAAAUUGAUUAAAAUUAAAACAAGGGAACGCGAUAUAAUAAAUUUAAGUUUAGCACAAAAAGAAGCAGAUGUUCAACUGAUUGCAGUGACAAAAUAUACUGAAGAUGAAACAUUUAAGAUUGUAAAAAAUAUGUUAUCCAAGUUAUACUUUCUCUUGGAACCUCUGGAUGUAUUGCAAUGUAAUGGCAUAAUACUUCCUGAAACACAAACUGAAUGGAAAGAGACUCAGGAAAUAUUAAAUAAAUGUUCAAAUGUUUUAAAAAGCACUGUAAAUCUAAUAGGAUCAAAAGGCGAAAUGUAUUGUGCUGUUAAUGCUGAAUUGAAGAAUUUUACCGAAACGUAUGACAAAAUACAAAAUCUUCAAAAGAAAUUGGAAGAAGCACUGUGUAAUUUACAAGUAUUGAUGCUGAAAAAUGCUUCACUUUCAUUGGCAUGCGAUGACAGUAGAUAAAUGGAAACAUAUUGGAAUUAUUGGGCGCGUCAAGUUGACAAAGCAGCUAGCUUGCUCGCCGAGCAAAUGAACAUAAUUGGUUGUUACUUAUACCUAAAUCCAACCAAUCAUAUUC